AUGACAUCACUAAUAGCAAUGAGUGACACAGAAGACAAAGGACAAGAAGACCCUAUUAGAUGCAUAUUCUUUUCUGAAUUUCAUCACAUUAUGGGUCCAAAAAUUACUUGUCAGGUACCGGAUAACUUUAUUUCUAAGGAUAUUUUUGAUAAUGUCAGUGUAUAUAUUAUACCAAAAGCACAAUUGCAACGAAGCACUAUAACAGUGACAUUGAAGGAUUAUAAGAUUUUAGGAUUCCCAGUAAAAAUUGAUGAUAAAAAAUAUGCAAGAAAUGCAUUUUACUUCAACUUGUGUUUUGUGUGUGAUGCAGGAGCCCGUACAGUGCACUACGAACCUGUUGUUAAAAAAAUGUCUGAUUUUUUAAUGGCUCUUGAAGUAGAAAACUGCUUUUUAUCAGCGUCUGAUGACAAGACAAGGCUAGCAGAAAUGCUUCAGCAGGUAAUGCAGGAUCUAAAUUUGCACAAGAUGUGUACAUUAACAGAGGGGACAAUGACGUCCCAUUUGAAAGUCAUAAAGUUAGCACCUGAGCCGAAACCAGUUCUUGAUCAUCAGGUACCAAUAUUCUUGGAAGGCCGUGAAGCAUUUCAAAGCGAUCAAUGGGAUUUGACUACACAACAAGUAUUACCAUAUAUAGAUGGAUUUAAUCACGUUGCACGAAUAGCAGCGGAAGCAGAUGUAGAGAACAAUCUAGUUAAAAGUUGUGUGCAGAACCUUGUGUACUAUGGUGUAGUAACAUUGAUUCCAAUAUUCCAGUAUAGUAAUGUUUAUGCAGCAACUUCCAAAUUAAAAGAACUGGCGGAAAAUACAAAGCUGCAGGAACAAUGUAUAGCGUAUGCGUCAAAAUUACCUAGACAACCUGCUUAUCUUAGGGACAUAUACAGAAUGUAUGCAAGUAUGACGCAUGGUAGUAGCAUGAGGGACUUAUGCCAAAGACUUAAUCCCCAAAGUUUGAGGAUCAGUGAAAGAAGACUGGUACAAUUUGGUCUGAUCGAAGGCCUUAUUCGCAGAGUGUACAAGUAUCCAAUUUAUCUGCCAGGAUCUCCUUGUAACGAGGAAAUGAAGAGCAACCCAAUAUACAAGUAUUUCACGGGAACAUACAGCCUCGACGAAAUUUGUUGCAGUACGGGUCAGUCUACGGCGCAGAUCGAAGACAUCGUUGAACGUGACUCGAAUGUUGUCAUGUUAUGGAAGUAACAUAAAAAAAAAUAGUGGUCUGUGGACUUUACAAGCAGAGAUACGACGGUUCAUAAAUAUAUGUGUACGAUACAUGAGAUAA